AUGGGGAACUUAUGCAAGUUAAACACCUUAGAUUUUACAAACAAUUCAAUCAGUGGAACCAUUGAAGAUCUCGUUGAUGGAUUGUCUAAAUGCAGGGAGAACAAGGAAGGUUUUGCUUCAGAAAAUAGUGUUGGUCUAGAAACAUUGCGUCUAGGAAAUAACAAACUGAAUGGAACAGUUCCAGAGACAAUAGGCCUAUUAUCUAAGCUGAGUGAGCUGCGUCUCUCUUCAAAUUGUUUAACGGGUGUCUUAACUGAAUCUCAUUUUGUUAAUCUAGCAAACUUGACAUAUUUGGACCUGUCCUACAACUCGUUGCAAUUGAAUGUAAGUGAGAAUUGGAAUCCUCCUUUUGAUUGUGAUAAAAUCAUAUUGUGUUCCUGCAAAGUAGGCCCUGUUUUUCCCUCUUGGGUCAGAACUCAAACACAAUUGGAACAACUUUGCUUAUCAGAUGCUGGAAUUUUAGGCAGUAUUCCUGCAUGGUUUUGGAAUCCAACUGUCUCGGGAAGUUAUUUUCUCAAUUUAUCAAACAACAAUUUGGAGGGAAGGCUACCAACUUUUUUGAAAAAUUACAGUUUUUUCCAAGUUGAUUUGAGUUCAAACAGAUUUGAAGGCCCAUUACCAGAGUUUGAUCCCACCUCUUUGCAAGUUAUCUAUCUCAACAACAACUCAUUCUCUGGGUCUAUUCCAUCUUACUUUGGUGCUGCUACUUUCAUUCACAUUUUCUCUUUAUCUGAUAAUCAUAUCAACGGAAGCAUUCCGUCAUUCUUUUGUAAAAUUCCUGAUGGCCUUGUGUCCCUCACCAAUCUCCAUUCCUUACAUUUGAGAAACAAUGGCUUCUCCGGAGAACUCCCCUUGGCAUUGAAAAAGGCCAGCAAGUUGCUAAUUCUCGACGUUGGUGAAAACAAACUCUCAGGUAGUAUACCAACAUGGAUCGGAGAAAACCUUUCAUCUUUAAUAGUGCUUCGCUUGAGAUCAAAUUUAUUUGAAGGCGUCAUCCCAAAGCAAUUAUCUAAACUCUCCUCUCUUCAAAUUCUGGAUGUUGCACAAAACAAUUUAUCAGGUUGCAUUCCUCGUUCUUUCGGAGAUUUCAAAGCAAUGGUAGUUGCAAAGCACAGUGAAUGA